UAAACAACCCUGAAACAAGAGAUACGCACCAACAGGACCUGUCGCUCCAAUUCGACACAAACGAGCCGAAAAUAUGAACCGAAACAGCGUCAGUUGUUUGGAGUAACGCCUCGUCACAUAGCGUAGGAGCCUCAUCGGUCCUGACACAAAGGAUUUUCUAGUUUUGUGGCAAGCCUAGGGGAGCACUAGAGUUACGGUUUACCCCUUCCUUAGCUCCUUGUAGCUAGCUGUGGCUCAUUCCUUGUUUUGCACACUUUGUUUUUGUCUGUUAUGCAGUUGCCAGAGGACUGUAUUCGUACUCGUUCUCCUCCGCCACCUCUUCGCUCCCUCUCCCCGUUCUCUUUGGCCCUAUGUCUCGCUGGCUAUUCCCCUGGUCAGGCUCAAUUAAGAAGCGGGCCUGUCGGUACCUUUUACAACACUACCUCGGUCACUUUUUACAGGAACGUCUGAGCCUGGACCAGUUGGGCUUAGAUUUGUACAACGGCAGCGGUGUCAUAAAGGAAAUCAACCUCGAUGUCUGGGCGGUCAAUGAGCUUUUGGAAUCCCUCGGGGCUCCUCUGGAGAUAGUGGAUGGCUUUGUCCGCAGCAUAACGGUGACAAUCCCCUGGCAAGCUCUCCUAACUGAUCAUUGCACCCUUGAAGUUUCAGGUCUCCAGAUAACAUGUCGACCCAAGUACCGAACCAGUGGGGGUUGGGACUCCCAAGUCUGGGCAUCCAGCAUGACAUCUAGCAUGCAGCUGGCUCAGGAGUGCCUGAAAGACCCCCCAGAGGCAGCAGAGGAGCCACCUGCCCCACUUGAGGGCCUUGAGAUGUUUGCACAGACUAUUGAGACAGUCCUUCGUCGCAUCAAAGUCACAUUUCUAGAUACUAUCGUCCGCAUUGAGCACCAGCCCCUGGACCUGGAAACAGGCGUUGCCUUAGAGGUGCACAUCAAACGGCUGGAGUACUUUGAUGAAGCAGUGAGAGAUCCAACCAGCCAGACUGCUGUGCCUGUCGACAUCCACCAGCCUCCUGCCUUUCUGCACAAGAUCCUCCAGCUGAGUGCCGUUCAGCUGUUCUACGACAGCACUGGCAUAGUUCAGGACCCUCCUGAGGAGGAACUUUUAAAUUCGGCCACAGCUAGUGAAGGAGAAGAAGAGGAAGAAAAAAAAGAGGAUGAGGAGGACAACAAGCCCACGUCAGCCACUGCUUGUACUCCAUCUCAGCCUCUGCUCAUAGGAAGCUGCUCUGGUUUUAUUGAAACCACCGUCAAGAUCAAACAAAAUGACAUGCUGCCCGGACCAAAGUUGGAGUUGGAUGGGAAGGUGGGCUGUGUCCACAUGCUGCUUUCUCCAGAUCAAAUCACCCAUCUGACCGACCUGCUGGCGGCCCUCUGCAUCGACACUGAGCCAGAGACGAAAUGUGGUGGAGUUCACAGUCGUCCGCUGGACACAGAUGACCUGCGUAUGAUUGAGGAGGAUCUCAGUAAGCAGUUGGGAUCCAGUCCCAGAGACAGAGAGUGGGAAAAUGAGUCUGAACCGGAGCCCUAUGUCACCUUGGAGAAUGGAGAAAUGUUUUACUCCAUGGGUCCUGCUGGGAUGAACAGUAGUGUGACAUCCAUCCGCUCUGGCAGUGAGCUGUCGGACAGUGACAUGGAGUCCUCCACACACAGUCUAGCCAGCCUCACACAACCCACAGCAUUGUCUGCUCAGGGCUUUGUGAACUGUCCCAGGAGAUAUCCUGUAGCAGGGUGUCUGUCCAGUCUCCCGCCAGCCGGCCGGACCAGAGGACGAUCACACAGCGGCCAGGAGGAACAGCUGAAGCCUGACGCUUUGUUGCGACUCUCCCUUGGUGGGCUCACGCUAACCCUGCUGCAGGACGACCCACUCUCUAAGCCUGACGGAGCUUCAUCACUAGCUCAGGUUUCUCAGGUGUUCUUCCAGGAGCUGGUCUUCUUUAAAGAUUACAUGUUCAGUGAAAGAGACUUCCACCACCUAAGAAGUGGCUUUGCCAAGGCCUGCCCACAUUCUCAUCUCAGAUUGACGGGGGCAGCAGUGCAGGUUGCUUGUGAGAUGCGCAGUGGAAGGCACCGCUGUCGAGCUGUGACCUCUGAUGUUUCCUUCAGCAGGCUAGAGCUGUUAGAAUGCCUCUGGGAGGAUGGAAAGCCUCAGUAUUGUGAGUUACUUCAGUUCCAGAAAGCUGGUUUGUUUACAGUUGGAGCUGCAGCCAGACCAUGUGCCCAACUACACUACAGCCUCACUGAGAAACACCGGCGUAAGGGUAAACAGCGGGUGGUGCGGCGUGACAGUGUAGUACGGGUGGAGCUGGCGGAGGUGAGCGCAGAGCUAGACCUGGACAUCCUCAGCCGCCUGGGGAACCUCAGCAAAGCAUUCAGCCACUGUCCCACCCAAUCGACUGCUUCUGGACUCAUGCAGACCCAGAGCAGUGAGCAUUGCUCUUCCUUCACCCUCCUCUCCCCACAUGCGGUCCUCAGGCUUCGCUUCCCCAUACCAGACCUGCGACCUCUCCCUAAGCGUCGACCACCGACCCAAAGGGCAGUUAGGGAGGAGACCUUGGUGCUGGAGCUGAUGGAUCUGGAGCUUAAGCACCAGGAGGCUCCAGACCUUCAGGGUGAGCAGACUGUCCCGGGGCACCCACGGGCUCCCUGCCUCACUCAGCUGCUAGAGGCCUGCUUUACUGACCUACACGGGUCAUAUGAGGGCUGGGAGGGAAGCUCGUUUCCCUGCAUCAGAGUAAAAAAGAACCAUGACUCACUGCCAAGGAUAUCUGUGCGUGUGCGUGGAGGUGAGGCCCAGGGCCCAGCAGCAGGUCUGAGUGGGAUGAACCUGGGCCUCAUGAGGGACCUGGGGGCUGCUUUCUUUGAAAGUCACUGUGAAUUCAACGACAAAACCAGCUCUCCAUUUUCUUCCAACCGCACCAUGUUUGAGACUGAAGAGAUGGUGAUUCCAGCUGACUCAGAGGAAAUGCGUCAGUUUCAGGAACAGUGUGUCGCCCAGUGUCAGUGUGCUGUGGACAUCAGCAUGCCGCUGGCCUACAUCCUCCUGCCAAGCAAACAGGCUUUUCAGAGCAUCUACAACAGGAUCAAUAACGAUCUCUUGAUGUGGGAGCCGCCUCCCCCUCCUCCCCCCUCAGCCCUCAACCCCGACCAGAGCCGCCAUCACCAUGAUGACUUCCAGCUGUGCAAGUCAGCCUUUAGACUGGACUCUGAUUCAGAGGAGGAUGAGCCUCAGUUCUACUUGGCCAGUGAAUCGUCUGGAAAGAUGCAGCAGUCAGCUCCUCGGCCCAACCACAACCUCAGCCUCCUCUCCCUCACUGUGAUUAUCGGGAAAGGUCGCCUCCAAGCUAGAACUGACAAGAAGGAGGACCAAAGUCAUGGAGAGAUUGUGCUUGACCUGGAAGGGGGGAAGAUAUUUAGUGUGGCACAGCAUCAAAAUGACCCCAAUCUUAGUUUCCUCUGUUUGGAAAGCAGACGAGUGGAGCUCUACCAUCGAGCCGUGGUGAAAGAUACCCCCAUCCCUCAGCGGUUGGAGAUGGUAGGCUUCUCUCCACCGAAGCACUUGGAUCCCACCAUCUACCCCACAGAGGUGGGAGUGAGCAGUGUGAGCAGUAGGGAGGGGGAUAAGCAGAUGUUGUCUACGGCCAUCAAAAUCACACUGGACCUCGAGAGAAACGUCAAGGAGUUCCUGGUUGCCCUUCAACUUCAAGGCGCCACAAUGCGACAUUACAUGACACAGACCAACCAGAGCUGGCAUGAGCAGCUGGUGGACUUCCUGGAUGUUAUUGAUGAUCCCAUUCUUGGAUACACUGCACCUGCUGUCAUAACUGUCCUCCACACACAUCUUGCAACUUGUGCGGUAGAUUACAGGCCUCUGUAUCUGCCACUGCGAGUGUUGUUCACAGCAGAGUCCUUCUCUCUAUCCAGUAACAUCAUUGUAGACACUGCUACCUUCCACCUUAGAUUCAUCCUGGAUGACUCUGCCCUCUACCUCUCUGACAAAUGUGAGGCGGACACUGUGGACUUGAGGAAAGACUAUGUGUGUGUUCUGGACAUUGACCUGCUGGAGCUCGCCAUCACCACAUGGAAAGGCAGUGAUACUGGGAAGCUGUGUCAGCCUCUCUUUGAGCUCCGCUGCUCCAACAAUGUGGUCCACCUUCAUACCUGUGCAGAUUCCUGUGCAGCCCUCAUCAAUCUGCUGCAGUAUUUAGUGUCCCAGGGUGACCUGCACCCUCCACCUCGCCAUACCUCUCCCACUGAAAUUGCUGGCCAGAAGUUACCAUUGUCAGAAAAUCCUGUAUCUGCGCCCCCCUGCCCUCCUGCUGAGACUGCAGAGAUCAACCAGUAUGACCUGACCGAUGCCUUAAUUGACACAGAGAGGAGCCACAGAGACGAGAGUUUAGAGCAAGGUUCAGCCUCAGUGCCAAGAGGCUCGCCUGUUUCCGUCUACUUGUUCCCUGGUGAAGCCUCAAAGCACAGUCCCUCUGUCCUCCAAAGGGAGGACUCUGAGCUGGAUGGUCUGGUUGCCACAGCAACUGAAGCACAGGCAGAUAUGAUGUCAGAUGAAGGCUCAGAGGGCUCCACUGACAAUGAUGACUUCUGCAUCCUUGAGGCUCCUGGCAUGGGCAUACCUCCAAGAGACGGGGAGCCGGUGGUGACAGUGCUGUCACAGGUUCCAAUCAGGGUGAAGGACAGUCACUUUUCAAGGCCUCGAGGCAGCUCCGACCUGCUCCGAGCCCCAAGUCGCUUCCCAGUGCCUCAGAGCAGAGUGGUGCUUAGGGAGAUCUCUGUGGUGUGGCAUCUAUAUGGUGGCAAAGACUUUGGUGGCAAGACCAUGUCGAUACAUGCUCAGAGCGCUAACAGGAGUCGUUCUGUCCCUGUUGGUGUUCGUGGAUCUCCAUCUCGUUCUGCCGCCUCCUCUCGUCCCCAAAACUCCUGGCGCUGGGCAGGAGGAAGUGGCCGUCAGCACACGCUACUGAUGGAAAUCCAGCUUACCAAGGUGUCCUUCCAACAUGAGUCGUACCCGGUGGCCAUUGCGGGGCAAGAUGGGGAUGGAUCAGUAGCAGCUGGGGUUGGGGUUGGGGUUGGUCCCUGCGGGGAACAGCCCCUCUCCAGGCAGGUGUUCAUUGUCCAGGAACUGGAGGUUCGGGACCGGCUGGCCUCUUCACAAAUCAACAAAUUCCUCUACCUCUACACGAGUGAGAGCAUGCCCCGCCGAGCCCACUCCAACAUGCUGACUGUGAAAGCCCUGCAGGUGUGUCCAGAGUCUGGCCUCGGUGGUCCGGAGUGCUGUCUACGGGUCAGCCUGCUGCCACUACGACUUAACAUUGACCAGGAUGCACUGUUUUUCCUGAAGGACUUUUUUAGUAAUCUAGCUUCCUUUGUUAACCCUUACCUUCCUGUGGACCCUGCAGCUGAAGUGAAGGCAGAUCCUGCCCAGAAGGGCUCUGAAGAAAUGGAUGCAGCGGCUGGUCUGGGACUUGACCUCACGGCUUCUGUGGAAACUACCUACAGUGAGCAGAGCUCCUCAUCUGCCGGCUCCACCUCUUCCUCAGACCAGCCAAUUUACUUCCGGGAGUUUCGUUUCACCUCUGAAGUGCCUAUCUGGCUGGACUAUCAUGGCAAACAUGUUGUCAUUGAGCAAGGUACAUUUGCAGGGAUUCUGAUUGGUCUGGCUCAGUUAAACUGUUCUGAACUGAAGCUGAAGAGACUCUGCUGCAGACAUGGUCUCCUCGGUGUAGACAAAGUGAUACAGUACGCUGUGACAGAGUGGCUGACUGACAUCAGGAAGAAUCAGCUGCCAGGUAUUCUGGGAGGUGUGGGCCCCAUGCACUCAGUGGUUCAGCUGUUCCAUGGAGUUAGAGAUCUGUUCUGGUUGCCCAUAGAGCAGUAUAGAAAGGAUGGACGUAUUAUUCGAGGUCUCCAGAGGGGAGCGGCAUCCUUCGGCACCUCGACAGCAUCAGCUGCUCUGGAGCUUAGCAACAGGCUGGUGCAGGCCAUCCAGGCUACAGCAGAGACCGUGUACGACAUCUUGUCUCCAACACCUCCCCUGAAUCGCUACGCCAUUACCGAGGGCCGGGCCCCCUCCAGCCGACCCCGCAGAGCUGCCCAGCCUGCAGACCUCCGAGAAGGCGUUGCCAAGGCCUAUGACACCGUCAGAGAGGGAGUUAUUGACACGGCUCAGACCUUGUGCGAUGUAGCAUCUCGCGGCCACGAACAGAAGGGUCUUCCUGGUGCUGUGGGUGGCGUCCUGCGACAGAUUCCACCCACCGUAGUCCGACCCUUAAUAGUGGCCUCUGAAGCAACUUCCAACCUGCUUGGUGGCAUGCGGAACCAGAUCAAACCAGAUGCUCGGAAAGAAGACUUCCUCAAGUGGCGCACAGAAGAAACUCAAGAAUGAGAGCAGCAGUUUGUGUCUUUGUGAGCAAGACUGAGUGCAUGUAUGUAAGUGUGUGAUCAUGACGUGGGGCAAACUCAGCUGUUAGGAUUUGCAUGUGUGCGUGGACUAA